AUGGCUGGGCUUAAUCAGAAGUCUAUCUUGGAUAUGAUUAAAGAGUUCAGAAGGAACUGGCACACUCUUUGUAACUCUGAGAGAACUACUGUGUGUGGUGCAGACUCCAUGCUCUUGGCAUUGCAGCUUUCCAUGGCAGAGAACAACAAACAGCAUAGUGGAGAGUUUACAGUCUCUCUCAGUGAUAUCAUAUUGACCUGGAAAUACUUUCUACAUGAGAAAUUAAACUUACCAGUUGAAAAUAUAAAAAUGAUUGACCAUUAUGAAGACAUCAGGAAGAUUUAUGAUGAUUUCUUAAAGAAUAGUAACAUGUUAGAUCUGAUUGAUGUUUAUAAAAAAUAUAGUGAUUUGACUUCUAAUUGUGAAAAUUAUGUGAACAUAUCUCCGAGUCGCCUGUUGGAUUUUCUGUCUGGCAGAGAGUAUGCAGUAGAUGAUGAGACUGAUUUUUCUGAACCAGCAUCACCAGUGAGUAAACACAACCAGGAAAAUGAAAAGGUACGGUUACUAGCAAAGAAAAUUAUCUACUCAUAUUUAAACCUGCUAGUGAAUUCGAAGAAUGACUUGGCUCUGGCUCAUAUUCUCAACAUUCCUGAUAGAGGACUUGGAAGAGAAGCCUUCACUGAUUUGAAACAUGCUGCUCGAGAGAAACAGAUGUCUAUCUUUUUGGUGGCCACAUCAUUUAUUAGAACAAUAGAGCUUGGAGGGAAAGGAUAUGCACCAUCACCAUCUGAUCCUUUAAGGGCACAUAUAAAAGGAUUGUCUAAUUUUAUUAAUUUCAUUGACAAAUUAGAUGAAAUUCUUGGAGAAAUAUCAAAUCCAAGCAUUGCGGGGGGUCGGAUACUCUCAGUGAUAAAGAUGCAGCUGACUAAAGGCCAGAGCAGCAGGGAUCCUUUUUAUAAAGCAGUAGAGGAAGUUGCUCAAGAUUUGGAUUUGAGGAUUAAAAGUAUUAUCAAUUCUCAACAAGGAGAUGUAGCUCUUAGUACCACUGACAUCAGUCCUGCACGGCCAAAAUCUCAUACCAUAAACCAUGGCACUGCAUACUGUGGCAGAGAUACUGUGAAAGCUUUACUAGUUCUUUUGGAUGAAGAAGCAGCCAGUGCUCCUACCAAAAACAAAGCAGAGCUUUUGUAUGAUGAUGAAAACACAAUUCAUCCUAAUGGAACUUCUGUUCUUACACUUUUUCGAUCUCCCACACAAGUGGAUAAUUCAUCGAUGAAACCCUUAAGAGAACGCAUCCAUAAGUCAAUGGAAGAGAAAAAAAUCAAGACGAAGCAAACCUUAAUUAGAUCUCAGUUUGCCUGUACUUAUAAAGAUGACUGCAUGAUAAGCAAGGAUAAAUGGAAUAAUGUUAAUUCAACAUCAAAGCCUUUGUGUGUUCUUCACAUGGAAAAUGACCUUUCUGAAGGUAUAAAUUCUUCUGUUGGAAGACCAACAAUUGGAACAAGUUCUGGAAAUGUUCAUCUGGGCAGAAAUGAAAAAGAAAAAGUAGCAAGAAAAUCAAGUAAUCUGACAGGAAAUACAAUCUCAAAAAGGAGACAGGUGGAUUUGGAUGAUGAAAAUAUUCUCUGUGAUAAUGGAAAUGAACCACUUCAAUACAAAAUUGUUAAGAUACCUAAGACAUCAAAAGAUUUGCAGAAUAAAUUGGAUGGCAAACUACUCAGAGUUGCAAAAACCAAUAGAUGUACCACCAAGGACAAAUUGAUUACUGGCCAGACAAAGUUGACUCAGUUUUUUAGACUAUGA